AUGGACGCGCUGCCCAUCUACCACGCAGGCAUCACCCGCGAGGCUGGGGAGAAGCUGCUGUUGGCAGCGGGCACCGAUGGUAGCUACCUGCUGCGGGACAGCGAGAGCAUCCCAGGAGUCUACUGCCUCUGUGUGCUGCAUCAGGGUUACGUUUAUACCUACAGAGUGUCGAAGACAGAAACUGGGUCCUGGAGUGCUGAGACAGCGCCCGGGGUCCAUCGGAGGCUCUUUAGGAAAGUGCACAACCUCAUUUCGGCUUUCCAGAAACCCGACCAAGGCAUCGUAACACCCCUGAAGCACCCGGUCAUCAACCACGCAAAAGCCAAAUACUCCCCAGGGAGAAGUGAAGGCCAUGACUUCCAUCUGCAACCAUCAUGA